GUUAUUGAACAUUAUGAACGUCCUCGUAAUGUUGGGUCACUUCCACGAGCAGAUCCAGACGUUGGAACUGGACUUGUUGGUGCACCAGCUUGUGGUGAUGUUAUGAAACUUCAAAUUCGUGUUGACGAACAGAGUGGGAAAAUCGUUGAUGUUAAAUUCAAAACAUUUGGAUGUGGCUCUGCCAUUGCUUCGUCAAGCUAUAUGACUGAACGAGUGAGAGGAAUGUCUCUGGAAGAAGCCAGUCAAAUUAGAAAUACUGAGAUUGCAAAGGAAUUAUGUUUGCCCCCUGUGAAGCUUCAUUGUUCAAUGCUCGCAGAGGAUGCUAUUAAAUCCGCAAUCAAAGACUAUAAAACAAAACGUGCAUUAUCAACAUCAGCGACACCGUCAGUUAAUCUCUCAUCUCAACAAGCUGCUGUUUAA